UCGCACUUUCGAGUUAUAGAAACCUGGGGAACUUUCCACAGAAACGGAAUCAGCAUCUCUUGAAGUCAUCGAGUGACUCAAUACAUGUCUGAUUCUGUGUAGAUUUCACAGAUAGUACAUCAGUUGGUGUCAGUACACAUGAAUAACUAGCUAGGUCAGACGACCAUCACAAGAUCCUGACCGAUGUUAUUUAUGUAAAAAAUUCUUCACUAUUGCCAUCGUGUGUGGUGUCGAGUCGCGAUGUACGAGGUGAUCAUACUAAAGGAAGGCUACAGUCGGAGUGAGGGACCAGGUCACCAAAUAGCAUGUGGUACCAUCACUUUACUAAAAGGUCCAAAGCACAUCAUUGUAGAUACUGGAAACCCGUGGGAUAAAGACCUCAUACUUAAAGGUCUUGAAGACCAUGGUAUUCUGCCUUUUGAAGUUCAGUUCAUUGUGGGCACUAGUGCUCUGUCUGAUAAGGUUGGCAAUUUGAACCUGUUUACUGGGGCUAUCCAGAUCAUUAGUGGAAAAAUCUAUCACCGCGAGAACUACUAUCUCCAUGCAUUUCACCAGGGGAUUCCAUAUGAAAUUGACGAUGAUGUAGAAGUUGUACCGACUGCCGGCCAUACAGGGUCAGAUGUAUCGGUGAUUGUACGCAACACCAAACUGGGAACUGUGGCAAUUACAGGUGACUUGUUCGAGUGCCAAGAAGAUCUAGAGAAUCCCAGUUUAUGGCAGGACAAUAGUGAAAAACCUGACAUUCAGGAGCAAAACCGUAUCAACAUCCUUAAGAUAGCAGACUUCAUUGUGCCAGGCCAUGGGAAAAUGUUUAAAGUGCCCGAGGACUACAAGCGCCAGAUGAGAGUUGUCAUGUAUUACGAGGAAGUACAGGCAACAAUAGCGGGCGGGAAGUCCGAGUCGACGAAACUGGAAUAUGUUGUUAUGGAAGACGACUAGAGGAAACUGUUAUUAUGGAUGACGUUAGUUCAUAGAGUGUUUAGUCUUUAACCCUUUCACCACUGUAGAUCAUAAUGGACUCAUCCAGAUAAAUGUGUGGUAGAGUUCACUAGUUACAUAGGGGCGAAAGUGUUAAAAGAAGGUUAAAAAUCUGGAAUUAUUUAUUGCAAUACAAUGAAAAGCUCACUGAUCAACAGUUGUAUUUCUUGUUGAAAACGCUCUCAAGUUCAAUAUAGAUGACAGUGUUCCCAGAAGCCCCUAAAAGAGGGUUUUUCACCCCCGAAACAGUUGAUAGUACCCCCAGUUUUCAAGAAUAGCCUUAUAUAACUAAGUAUCUAGGGGCACAAAAUCUUGAAAAUGUAUCAAAUAUACCUCAAAUCUAAAAUUCAGUGGGAACACUGGAUGAAUUUAAUAUUUUUUCACAGAAUUAUCCGUGUAAAGUUGGGAUCCCUACCCCCGGUCCUGGGGUUGUAGAAUUGUCAUAGAAGGCUUCAGUCCAUACAGUUGGAUGAAAAUAUUUACUUCUCUUGAAAAUCAGUACAAAGUUAGAUUCAAAACAUACAAGUAUUGUAAAAUCAUGUUUGGAUGUGCUACUGAAAUAAAAGUUAAAUUCUACAUAGAUCUAGAUGCUGAAGGUUAGAAAAUUUAAUACCUAUACUUUGUUGAGCCUUCUUUAUUUGGACUCAUUUGUAAAAAUUUGAAUUUGGAAAUGGUUGAUGCAGGAUAUUUAUUGUAACACUGAUAAAUAUAUUUAACUGAAUAUACAUUUUUGAAUGUUUUGUUAAAACUUUCUUUGAUUAAUCUUGA